AUGGAGCUGGGAAAGGCGAAACUGCUGAGAACCGGCCUCAAUGCUUUAUACCAAGCCAUCCAUCCUGUGCACGGAAUUGCCUGGACAGAUGGGAAGCAAGUGAUACUGACUGCUUUAUACUACCAUAAUGGAGAGCUGAAGUUUGGGGACUCAAGCGUUGUUGGUCAGUUUGAACACGUGCAUGGGCUUUACUGGGGCCCGUGUUGCUCUACAGAGACCCCAGCUCUGCUUGCUGUUCAGCAUAAAAAGCACGUUAGCGUUUGGCGGCUGGGCCACAGCACUGCGGAGAAAAACAAACCCUUGAUUUCUCAGACUUGUGAAAUCGGUGAGCCGUUCCCAUUGCUUUCCCAGGGCUGUGUGUGGCAUCCAAAAAAGGAGGUCUUGGCUGUCCUUACAAAAAGAGAUGCUUCAGUCUUGCACACUGUUCGCACGGACAAUACCAGAGUUAAGGCAGAUAUCAAAAGCAGUGGGCUUAUUCACUGUGCUUGCUGGACUAAGGAUGGUAAUCGCUUAGUAGUUGCUAUAGGCAGCACCCUGCAUUCCUAUAUAUGGGAUGAUGCUCAAAAAACUCUAAAUGCCUGCUCCUUUUGCCCAGUCUUUGAUGUGGGAGGCUAUAUCUGUGCUAUAGAAGCCACGCUGGAUUUCCAAAUUGCUGUAGCUACUGAGCUUCCUUUAGAUAAUAUCUGUGGUUUGAACGCAGGCAUUGCAUUUGAUAUGCCAUCUGGUGCUGAAACUAGUUCUUUAACCUCGCAGUCUACUACAGCACUUGGUGAUGAAGAGUACUCCAUGGACCUGCGAAGAAAGUCCACAGACUCUGACAGAUCAGGCACUGUUGAUUCAAUAGCUUCUUCUUCAUCAGGUCCUUUGGAUUUAACCCACAUCCUUGCAAAUCACCGUCGGUCUGAUCCCAGUCCUCUCAUUACUCUGAAACGCAAAGAUUCUGCAGCAAUGAAUGGUCAAGAUUCUUCUUACCUGAUCUUGGUGACUUUUGAAAGGAAGGUAACCACCACCAGAAAAGUCAACAUCCCAGGCAUUCUGGUUCCUGAUAUAAUGGCUUUUGACCUCAGAGCUCAGAUCGUGGCAGUAGCCUCUAAUACUUCUAACAUUGUUUUGGUGUAUUCAGUAACCUCUUCCUGCAUGCCCCAUAUUCAACAAGUCCAGCUGGAAAAAAAUGAAAGACCAAAAGGCUUAUGCUUUUUGUCAGAUAAACUCCUAUUGAUAUUAAUUGGGAAGCAGAAAUUCCCUGAGCCGAGUCUUAUUCCAUCUUCAAGUUCGGACAGGUAUGUAAUGCGCUUGAUGAUCAAAGAACUGAUGCUGGAAGAAGAUGCUUCAACGCUGCCAGACACGAAGCAGCAUAUGCUUUAUAACUUUGUAUCGUCUGUGAACAUACCUGGAAAAAGAAAGUUCUUUGAAAACCUUGCCACAGAAGACCAACAUCAAAGCAGAGACCUGUUAAUACCAAGAAGUACAGUUAUUCAAUCUCCCAGCGGCAGGAGAAGACUCAUCGAAGAAGUGAAGAGCCCUAGUUAUGAGCAGAGCUCUUCAUCAAGUGUUAGUGACUUGGAUGAGAAAAAGCUCCCAGAUGACCCCUCUGUUGCCUUAGAAACUUUGGAUGCUGAACCUAUCAAUCGUUCAAUGGCUCUUCUUGGUUUUGGAACAGCUACCAGGCUUUCCAGCAGACCAGCUGCCCCUAAAGUGCAGUUCAAUGUAAUUGAAGAAACAUCGAGUUCUCCUAAAAACAACAAUUUGCCAGGUGAAAGAGGCAUGAGUCACAUAUCUAGAAAUUUAGAGAGACUCUGUGGCAGUUUCAAUGACUUACAACUGAGUCUUUCUGAAAUAACAGACUUUGCUAAAAACGGGAGAAGGGUGUCUUUAGCCUACCCAAGUUCACAAGAGCCACCGGUCAUUCAUAUCACUUACCAGAAAAAUUUUUCAAAUGGAGCAAUUACUGAAGAAACAAAAGAUGUUCUCCUCUGUGAUGGCAAGAUCCAUUUGAAUUUAGUCCAGCAGCUGUUCGACCUGACCAUUAUUGAAAUGAAACACGGCUCUUCUUGGAUCGUGCUCACUGCAGACAAGGACGGCUUUGUGCCAUUAAUAUUCAAAGCAAGACAGGACAUCAUCAUAAGGGAUGGAACUGACAGUUCAGAAGUCUGCGGUCGUCACUCCUACAAAAAGGGCAGUUUAAUGCAGCCACCAAGCAGAGUGACAUAA